AUGGACUACGACCGUCGUACACCGCUCCACGUGGCUGCAGCAGAGGGCGCCUAUUCGGUGGUGGAGUGGCUCGUGCAGGAGGGCGCAGACGUGAAUGCCAUAGACCGACAUGGCCGUACACCUCUCGAGGAGGCGGCUCGUAACGACCACGGCGAGGUAGUGCGGCUGCUCAUACAGUUCGGGGGCAGCCUGGUCGCCCUGGACAAGUCUAAACUUCGCGGCAUUGUCAACACCCGACGAAUGAUGAUGACUGAGCUGGGCUGGGAGCCCGAGUGGGAGGUCAACCCCAAGGAGUUGCAGCUGGUGGAGCGAAUCGGCAGCGGCGAGUUCGGGGACGUGUACAGGGCCAAGUGGCACGGCAGCUAUGUGGCAGCCAAGUUGCUCAAGCGCUCGGACGAGAUCGCGAUUGGGGAUUUCCGUACGGAGAUCGCCAUCCUUCGCAAGAUCCAUCACCCCAACUGCACGCAGUUCCUGGGUGCCUGCACCAAACAGAAGCCGUACAUUGUCAUAACAGAGCUGAUGUCCCAGCCAACCAUCUGUCCAUCCAUCCAACCAUCCAUCCACCACCCUCUUAUGAUGCAGGUUGAAAUCGCGCUUGACUUCGCUCGCGGCAUGGCCUAUCUGCACAGCCGGCGACAGCCCAUCGUGCACCGCGACCUGAAGCCCGCCAACCUGAUGAUCGCGGGCAACUUGCACGCGGACACGGAGCAGCUCUACCUGGACAGCGGGGUCAUCAAGGUGGCGGACUUCGGUCUGGCGGGCGCUCUGGAUAUCAACGUGACGUACAAGCUGACCGGGGAGACAGGCUCCUACCGCUACAUGGCCCCAGAGUGCUUCCGGCACGAGCCGUACAACCUCAAGGUCGACGUGUACAGCUUCGCCAUGAUCAUCUUCCAGCUGUUCGAGGCCACUCAGCCCUUCGCAGGACACGACCCCGUGGAGGCCGCCCGCAACGCCGCCAUGCUGAGUGCGCGACCGGGCUUCCCGCCCCGGAGCAAGUUGUCCGCUACCGAGUCCAUGCGGCGGCUGAUUGAGGAUUGCUGGGCAGCUGACGCGGAGAAGCGACCCACGUUUGAGGACAUCAUCCAACGGCUGGAGGUGGAGCUUGCCAAGCUGCCCAAGCACCAGCACUUUGAGAAGGAUGCGGCGUGCACCAACUGCAUCGUACAAUGA